AUGCAGGACGGGGAGGAUGAGAAGGGAAAUGGGGUAAAGGGUGAAGAGAUGGGGCAAGGAGUGGAGCAGAAGGUUUUAGAGGGCCAGGCAGACCAAAUACCAAAGAUGGAGAAGCAGGUGGUUCUGGGAAAAAACAAACCUGAGAAGAAAGUAAAGAAGAGAAAAUGGUGGCAUAGACGCCAGAAAGUAGAGAUGCAGGUGGCCCCACGGGACCUGGUGGAAGAACCAGAGCAGGUCAUCCUAAAGGACCAGAGGAGGAAACCAGUAAAGAAGGUGGUUCUGGUUUUUGAGAUUGAGAUGAAGAAGAUAGAGAGGCAGGUGGACCCAGUGGAAAAACCAGACCAGGUCAUGAAGAAGGUAGAGAGGCAGGUGGCCCCACUGAACCUGGUGGAAGAACCAGAGCAGGUCAUCCUAAAGGACCAGGGGAAGGAACAAGUAAAAAAUAGGGUUCGUUUAAUAGAGAAUAAGAUGAAAAAGUUAGAGAGGCAGGUGGACCCAGUGGAAAAACCAGACCAGGUCAUGAAGAAGGUAGAAAGGCAGAUGGCCCAGUUCAACCUGGUGGAGGAACCAGAGCAGGUCAUCCUAAAGGAACAGGUAAAAAAUAGGGUUCGUUUCAUAGAGAAUGAGAUGAAGGCAGAGAGGCAGGUGGACCCAGUGGAAAAACCAGACCAGGUCAUGAAGAAGGAAGAGAGGCAGGUGGACCCAGUGAAAAAACCAGACCAGGUCAUGAAGAAGACAGAGAGGCAGGUGGCCCUGCUGAACCUGGUGGAAGAACCAGAGCAGGUCAUCCUAAAGGAACAGGUAAAAAAUAGGGUUCGUUUCAUAGAGAAUGAGAUGAAGGCAGAGAGGCAGGUGGACCCAGUGGAAAAACCAGACCAGGUCAUGAAGAAGGCAGAGAGGCAGGUGGCCCUGCUGAACUUGGUGGAAGAACCAGAGCAGGUUAUCCUAAAGGAACAGGUAAAAAAUAGGGUUUGUUUCAUAGAGAAUGAGAUGAAGAAGGCAGAGAGGCAGGUGGACUCAGUGGAAAAACCAGACCAGGUCAUGAAAAAGGCAGAGAGGCAGGUGGACCCAGUGGAUAAACCAGACCAGGUCAUGAAGAAGGCAGAGAGGCAGGUGGCCCUGCUGAACUUGGUGGAAGAACCAGAGCAGGUCAUCCUAAAGGAACAGGUAAAAAAUAGGGUUCGUUUCAUAGAGAAUGAGAUGAAGAAGGCAGACAGGCAGGUGGACCCAGUGGAAAAACCAGACCAGGUCAUGAAGAAGGCAGAGAGGCAGGUGGACCCAGUGGAAAAAACAGACCAGGUCAUGAAGAAGGCAGAGAGGCAGGUGGCCCUGCUGAACCUGGUGGAAGAACCAGAGCAGGUCAUCCUAAAGGAACAGGUAAAAAAUAGGAUUCGUUUCAUAGAGAAUGAGAUGAGGGCAGAAAGGCAGGUGGACCCAGUGGAAAAACCAGACCAGGUCAUGAAGAAGGUAGAGAGGCAGGUGGACCCAGUGGAAAAACCAGACCAGGUCAUGAAGAAGACAGAGAGGCAGGUGGCCCUGCUGAACCUGGUGGAAGAACCAGAGCAGGUCAUCCUAAAGGAACAGGUAAAAAAUAGGGAUCGUUUCAUAGAGAAUGAGAUGAAGAAGGCAGAGAGGCAGGUGGACCCAGUGGAAAAACCAGACCAGGUCAUGAAGAAGGUAGAGAGGCAGGUGGACCCAGUGGAAAAAACAGACCAGGUCAUGAAGAAGGCAGAGAGGCAGGUGGCCCUGCUGAACCUGGUGGAAGAACCAGAGCAGGUCAUCCUAAAGGAACAGGUAAAAAAUAGGAUUCGUUUCAUAGAGAAUGAGAUGAGGGCAGAAAGGCAGGUGGACCCAGUGGAAAAACCAGACCAGGUCAUGAAGAAGGUAGAGAGGCAGGUGGACCCAGUGGAAAAACCAGACCAGGUCAUGAAGAAGACAGAGAGGCAGGUGGCCCUGCUGAACCUGGUGGAAGAACCAGAGCAGGUCAUCCUAAAGGAACAGGUAAAAAAUAGGGAUCGUUUCAUAGAGAAUGAGAUGAAGAAGGCAGAGAGGCAGGUGGACCCAGUGGAAAAACCAGACAAGGUCAUGAAGAAGGCAGAGAGGCAGGUGGACCCAGUGGAAAAAACAGACCAGGUCAUGAAGAAGGUAGAGAGGCAGUUGGACCCAGUGGAAAAACCAGACCAGGUCAUGAAGAAGGCAGAGAGGCAGGUGGACCCAGUGGAAAAACCAGACCAGGUCAUGAAGAAGGCAGAGAGGCAGGUGGCCCUGCUGAACUUGGUGGAAGAACCAGAGCAGGUCAUCCUAAAGGAACAGGUAAAAAAUAGGGUUCGUUUCAUAGAGAAUGAGAUGAAAAAGGCAGAGUGCAGGCAGGUGGACCCAGUGGAAAAACCAGACCAGGUCAUGAAGAAGGCAGAGAGGCAGGUGGACCCAGUGGAAAAAACAGACCAGGUCAUGAAGAAGGCAGAGAGGCAGGUGGCCCUGCUGAACCUGGUGGAAGAACCAGAGCAGGUCAUCCUAAAGGAACAGGUAAAAAAUAGGAUUCGUUUCAUAGAGAAUGAGAUGAGGGCAGAAAGGCAGGUGGACCCAGUGGAAAAACCAGACCAGGUCAUGAAGAAGGUAGAGAGGCAGGUGGACCCAGUGGAAAAACCAGACCAGGUCAUGAAGAAGACAGAGAGGCAGGUGGCCCUGCUGAACCUGGUGGAAGAACCAGAGCAGGUCAUCCUAAAGGAACAGGUAAAAAAUAGGGAUCGUUUCAUAGAGAAUGAGAUGAAGAAGGCAGAGAGGCAGGUGGACCCAGUGGAAAAACCAGACCAGGUCAUGAAGAAGGUAGAGAGGCAGGUGGACCCAGUGGAAAAAACAGACCAGGUCAUGAAGAAGGCAGAGAGGCAGGUGGCCCUGCUGAACCUGGUGGAAGAACCAGAGCAGGUCAUCCUAAAGGAACAGGUAAAAAAUAGGAUUCGUUUCAUAGAGAAUGAGAUGAGGGCAGAAAGGCAGGUGGACCCAGUGGAAAAACCAGACCAGGUCAUGAAGAAGGUAGAGAGGCAGGUGGACCCAGUGGAAAAACCAGACCAGGUCAUGAAGAAGACAGAGAGGCAGGUGGCCCUGCUGAACCUGGUGGAAGAACCAGAGCAGGUCAUCCUAAAGGAACAGGUAAAAAAUAGGGAUCGUUUCAUAGAGAAUGAGAUGAAGAAGGCAGAGAGGCAGGUGGACCCAGUGGAAAAACCAGACAAGGUCAUGAAGAAGGCAGAGAGGCAGGUGGACCCAGUGGAAAAAACAGACCAGGUCAUGAAGAAGGUAGAGAGGCAGUUGGACCCAGUGGAAAAACCAGACCAGGUCAUGAAGAAGGCAGAGAGGCAGGUGGACCCAGUGGAAAAACCAGACCAGGUCAUGAAGAAGGCAGAGAGGCAGGUGGCCCUGCUGAACUUGGUGGAAGAACCAGAGCAGGUCAUCCUAAAGGAACAGGUAAAAAAUAGGGUUCGUUUCAUAGAGAAUGAGAUGAAAAAGGCAGAGUGCAGGCAGGUGGACCCAGUGGAAAAACCAGACCAGGUCAUGAAGAAGGCAGAGAGGCAGGUGGACCCAGUGGAAAAAACAGACCAGGUCAUGAAGAAGGCAGAGAGGCAGGUGGCCCUGCUGAACCUGGUGGAAGAACCAGAGCAGGUCAUCCUAAAGGAACAGGUAAAAAAUAGGAUUCGUUUCAUAGAGAAUGAGAUGAGGGCAGAAAGGCAGGUGGACCCAGUGGAAAAACCAGACCAGGUCAUGAAGAAGGUAGAGAGGCAGGUGGACCCAGUGGAAAAACCAGACCAGGUCAUGAAGAAGACAGAGAGGCAGGUGGCCCUGCUGAACCUGGUGGAAGAACCAGAGCAGGUCAUCCUAAAGGAACAGGUAAAAAAUAGGGAUCGUUUCAUAGAGAAUGAGAUGAAGAAGGCAGAGAGGCAGGUGGACCCAGUGGAAAAACCAGACAAGGUCAUGAAGAAGGCAGAGAGGCAGGUGGCCCCGGUGGACACAGUGGAAAAACCAAAGCAGGUAGUAAAGAACCAGAUUGAUAUAAAGAAGCCAAAUUUAGAGGAGCAAAUGGUCCUCAAAAUCCUGGAGAAGAUGGAGAACAAAAGGCUGGAGAAGCAGGUGCUUCAGAUGGACCAGAUGACGAAGGUGGAAGAAGAGCAGCUGCAGGACGACGUUCUUGUUCCCCCCAUCGUUGAAGCCCAACCUGGAGAGUCUGGGAAAGAAAGUAGAAAGUAGAGAUGCAGGA